AUGUCGUCGCUCGUCGGCAGUUUUUUUACGAACCUUGGCAAAGCGCUCUCGCGUCGCGAUCCGCGCACUCAGGAAUGGAUAUUGGUCGCCAAUCCUACGUACGUGACGGCUCUCCUCAUGUGCUACCUCCUGCUUGCGAAAGUAUGGGGACCGAGACACAUGCAACAUCGAAAACCCUAUCAACUCAAAGGGGUCAUCGUGGUGUACAACUUGUUUCACGUGGUUGCGAACAUAAUCUUCUUCGCCAAGAUAUUCUACCAUUCCUUUGGUGUCGGCAAGUACAGCGUCAUCUGCCAAGGCCUGACAUACGGUACGGAUUAUCACAGCACUGCUCUUCUCAAUGCGAUAUACUGGUACGUGUCUCUUCGUGCGACAGACCUUCUGGAUACCGUGUUUUUCGUCCUGCAGAAGAAGUUCACGCAUGUUUCUGUCCUGCACGUCGUACACCAUACGAUAGUUACGUUCAACUCGUGGUUGUACCUUAGGAUUGGUAUAGAUGGCCAACCAGUGCUUGGAAUCUGCCUGAACGCUCUCGUGCACGUGGUGAUGUACUCCUAUUAUUUCUUGGCUGCUUUCGGGCCGUCAGUGCGCAAGCACCUGUGGUGGAAGAAGUACCUGACUAAGAUACAGAUAGUGCAGUUCAUAAUAUUCCUUAUACAAGGAAGCCAGCCCGCGUUCAGAGACUGUGGAUAUCCUCCCGAGAUUCUUCUUAUUACGAUGUCGCAGGUGGUCCUGAUUUUGGUCUUGUUUCUAAAUUUCUACGUCCAGGCCUAUAUCAAGAAGGUGCAGGCUCCAGAACCUGGCACGUUGUGUACGAAGAUGUGUUUUAUACAGGAAAGAAGUGGGCAGGGGAUCCAAAACGGGACAGCUUUGAAUGGGACUUUGAACCGGAAGGAGGACUAG